AUGAAGGCCACCACUGCCUCCGCGUUGCUUGCCGCUUUGUCGGCCACGACUUUCACUGCUGUCAAUGCCGCACCUAAACCUGAUGUCGAUGAGACCUAUCCCUACAAUGGUCCUGCCAUUCCCGUCGGUGACUGGGUCGACCCAACCGUCAAUGGCAAUGGAAAGGGCUUCCCGCGUCUAGUUGAGGCUCCUGCUGUGCAACCCAAGCACAAGAACCCUACCAAUAACAUCAAUGUCAUCUCUUUGUCCUUUAUGCCAAAGGGUAUCAACGUUCAUUACCAAACUCCGUUCGGAUUGGGAGAGCUCCCCAAGAUCAAAUAUGGUACUGAUCCAAAGAAGCUGCAUCAAGUUGCUACUGGUUACUCUCACACAUACGACCGAACUCCUCCCUGCUCCGCCGUCGCUGCUAUCACUCAAUGCAGUCAGUUCUUUCACGAGGUCCAGCUACGUGACUUGAUGCCCAGCACCAAGUACUACUACAAGAUCUCAGCGGCCAAUGGCACAACCGAGUCCGACGUCCUCACCUUCACUACAUCCCGCCCAGCCGGUACACCCGGUGAAUUCUCUCUGGCUGUUUUGAAUGACAUGGGUUACACAAAUGCCGGCGGCACCUUUAAACAAUUGCAAAAGGCCGUCGACGACGGGGCUGCGUUUGCUUGGCACGGUGGUGACUUGAGUUAUGCCGACGAUUGGUACUCUGGUAUCCUGCCCUGUGCGGAUGACUGGCCAGUGUGUUAUAACGGAACAAGCUCAAGCCUCCCCGCAGGUGACUAUCCGGACUCUUACAACGACCCUUUGCCUGAGGGUGAAAUUCCUAACCAAGGUGGUCCUUACGGUGGUGACAUGAGUGUGCUGUACGAGUCUAACUGGGAUUUAUGGCAACAAUGGCUCUUGAACGUUACUACCAAGGUUCCUUACAUGACCGUUGUCGGAAACCACGAAGCUGCUUGCGCAGAGUUUGAUGGUCCCGGCAACCCUCUGACCGCCUUGUUGGAUAGCGGCGAGCUCAAUGGCACUGCAGCCUCGGCUGAACUCACCUACUACAGCUGCCCUCCUUCUCAGAGAAACUUCACUGCUUACCAGCAUCGUUUCUGGAAUCCCGGCAAUGAAACCGGCGGUGUUGGCAACUUCUGGUAUUCCUUCGACUACGGUCUGGCUCAUUUCAUUACUCUCGAUGGUGAAACCGAUUUUGUCAACAGUCCCGAAUGGCCGUUUGCUCGCGACCUCAAGGGCAAUGAGACUCAUCCCAAGGAAAAUGAAACUUACAUCACCGAUAGUGGUCCAUUUGGCCGUGUUAGUAACUAUAGCGACAACAAGGCCUACGAGCAGUACCAGUGGCUCAAGGCAGACUUGGAGAAGGUUGACCGUUCCCUUACUCCCUGGGUUUUUGUCAUGUCUCACCGUCCUAUGUACUCUUCUGCCUUCUCAUCCUACAUGACCAAUAUCAAGAAUGCUUGGCAGGAGCUGCUCUUGGAGCACCAGGUUGAUGCUUAUCUUUCUGGUCAUAUUCACUGGUAUGAACGUAUGUUCCCUCUGACCGCCAAUGGCACCGUUCUUGAAUCUGCCAUCGUCAACAACCACACCUACUACACCAGCCCCGGUGAAGCCAUUACCCACGUCGUCAACGGCAUGGCAGGUAACAUUGAGAGCCACAGCACAUUGAGCUCCAGCCAGAAAGUCCAGAAUAUCACCGCGUUUCUUGACCAAACUCACUACGGUUUCAGUAAGAUGACCGUUUUCAACGAGACUGCCGUCAAAUGGGAGUUCGUUCGUGGUGAUGAUGGCUCAAUUGGAGAUUACCUGUGGUUGUUGAAGAAAGAAAGUGACACCACUCCUCCUGAUGACACUUGUUAA